CGCGGCUCAGCGGGUUUCUCGGGAGCAUUGGCCGCCUUUGAUCUCCGGGUUGCGGGGGCACGUGGGGGCGGCUCUGGCGAACCCGCGGGAGGGCCCCCGCCCAGACGCCCCAGGUCUUGGCUUCAGUGGAGCAGCCGAGAUGAAGGCGGUGGAAGAAGCUUGAAUCCAUCUAGAAGGAGACAGCCUUGAUUUCAGAUCUCCUGUCAAGAGUUUCCCCAGAGAAUCACAAGAAGUGAUACACCUUGGUGCUGAAGUUGUUCCCACCCUUCUUACCUGGGGAAGAUCAGGGAAGUCAUUGGACCAGUGAGGAGAGUGAACCUGGAGGAUCAGCCUCACCUGCUUGGGGAGAGAGGCAUGGAGGCAUCCAUCCAAAGGCCACGCCACCCAGGCCCCGGAGGAGACAGCAGCUCCACAAUAGACAGCCAUGGCCGUGGCUUCUAUGACUUCUCUCUGUCAAUCCCCUUCCCAUCCCCUCUGGAAGCAGAGAUUGCAUGCCGCUCUUUGGACCCAGAUCCUGAGCCUCGCCGGAGUGGUGUCCAGCGGGAGCUAACCGUCAUUGGGAACAAAUUGGUUCUCCACUGGAGAGCAGAAGAAGCACGGUUCUUCCGAGCCUCUAUAACCACGUUCUUGGACUAUCUGGCUCUGGUGCUGCAGACCAUGGAGCGUUUUGGGCCCCCAGAGCCCCACUGAGACACCUCCCCCAACCCAGUCUUGUGCUUCAGGCCCAGGCCCUAGUACCCCCACAGCUGUCAUCCCCUCUCCCCCAAUGAGGAAAAGCUAAUAAAAAGACUUAGCUUAGAAAAUAUGGGAAAGACCCCUCCCCAGCUUCCUUCCCUGCUUACUCCCCUCCCCUGUAAAGUCACCCAGCUUUGAAUAUCUGUUUGUCUUCAACCAAGGAGAUGGAAGUUGGAGCAGGAGGGAUCCUGGUUCCAGUUGCCCACUCCAGUAUAAGCUUGUUGCAGAAAAAUAAAUCUCAUUAUACGAACACACAUAGACCCCACACUGACUGAUCCCUUAAUAAAGAGCAGUCAACCCUCUGCUUUCUCCCAUUAUGGACAUCAAAUUUGACUUAGAACUUGAAUUGCAGAAGAUGUGGGGGUUUUUUAUGUUAUUUUUCUGGGGGUGUCAGGGUUGCCUUUAACCCUUGGGGACAGUUGGUGAAUAGGCUAGAGAUGAUCUAGUAAGGAGGAAGGAAGAUUGUAAAUACUUAUACGUGUGCAUGUUGUUCCUCCCAUUAGAAUGUAAGCUCCUUGGGAGGAGGUACUGUUUCGAUUUGUUUUUUUAUCCCUGUCCUUUAGCAUAGUGCCUGCAACAUAGUGAGCACUUGAUAAAUGUUUGUUGAAUGAUGGGAGUAGUUGGAAGGACUUAGCAAUGCAUCGGAUUUCCCCUCAGCCUCUUUUGGCCCUUCUCUUCCUGAUCAGAAUGGAAUACAUAGUUGUUUUCUUGUGGGUGGAACAAUAGCUGCCUGCAUUGGGGUCCUUCCUCUCCUCCCUCCUCCCUCCCCCCUCCCCCCAACCCCUGCACACAGAGGAGCUCGAAGGAGUGCCGUGCUCCAGCUCACUCACUCUCUUUCCCCUUCUUUUCUCUCGCCCACUGUCCUUGUCCUUCCUUCCCUGUGGUUCUUUACCCCUUCCUUCUUCCUGCCCCUUGCCUCCCUCUCCUUUCUUUAAGGGUAGGAGGUGCAGCAGGGUCCAGGAGAGGGAACAGAAUUCUUUUUGCAGAACAGUCAGGUCUCGACAUUGUUCAGAAAAUCUUUUGAAUUUAUAGCUUUGAUGGCUUUUCGUGUUUGUGUUGAGCUGGAUAAUUCCCUCAAAAGUCCAUAUCGUUUCAGAUUCCUCAUUAAAUUUUCCCUCUUUCAAACCAAA